AUGGCCCUUGGUCGAAGCGUGUCAAAUAUUGCAAAACGGCACUACUGUCGAUUACUACAUACUUUGGAGGGUAGCCGCGCAAUGCCCUUAUAUCCUCAAAUCGACAUGAAUCCCUUGUUCUGCUACACGAGUGGACGAUGGCUAUGGAAUGAGCGUGAGCAAUUGGAAGCGCGAUACCGACCCGUUGGUGCAAACAAAUGUAUAUCUUUUGAGAAGAUCGGCGAAGGCAACUACAACAAGGCAUAUCGCCUUGAGAUGGAAGACGGCCAGAAGAUCAUCGCAAAAGUCCCACACCCUAACGCUGGCCCACGAAUACUUACCACGGCCUCGGAGGUGGCAACUAUGGAUGCUACCGACCAAAAUCCUGUCCAAGCAGAAUAUAUUAUUAUGGAACAAGCGAGGGGCUCCCAACUUCACGAAACUUGGCAGGGUCUUUCAUUGCGGAGGAAAUGUGAUAUUGUUCAUACUGGCAUUGCAGGAUGCGAGCCGGCUGUUGUUACUAGUGGUCCGCAAGAUGUCAUCAUUCACGUCGAAUCAACUUAUUGCAUUGGACCCAUCACUCGAAGAGAGUUCUGGGAGAAACAACGCAGUGAAAUGCCACAUCAUGGCCCCUUCUCAGAGGCUCACAAAGCCCUUUUGGAAAAAUUUCUAGCUGCAAUUCCGUAUAUCACUCCCAAGGACCCAGAGCUCGCCUCUCCCAGACUUUGGCACCCAGACUUCCAUGCUGGUAACAUUUAUGUCGACGAGGAAGCCCGGAUAUCAUGCAUCAUCGAAUGGCAGGGAGCAUGGACGGCCCCGGUGUUUAUCGGAGCCAAUCCUCCGUUGCUUCUAGACUAUGGGAUUGAUAUGUUGAUGAAACUUCCUGAAAACUUCAAAGCACUCGACAAUGCUACGAAAGAGAAGCUCAGAUACCAAGUAUCUCAGUCAGUCUUAGUUCACACGUAUGAAACAUGUACGGCAGAAAAGAACCCUCUGAUGUACAAGGUCAUGCGACAUCCCCAUGGUCAGUCCCUCAAGCAAUUAGAAGCUUUUGUUGGCUCUACCUUGGACAACUGUCUCUUUCCCUUUGAAGAAUGUUUGAUCCGGCAACACAACGAAGAAGCAGGGUCUUUCAACAAGAGUCAGGAAUUUUGGAAAGAGUUACAAGGUGUCUUGACUGAUGAGGACUACACACCGAAAGAGAGUUUCGGUAAGGCUGUCAAGAUACUCAAAGAUUUGCGAGAAGUUGGGCUAGGCGACUUGAAGGGCGAGGAACGAAACAAUUUCGACAAAGAGACGCGAUGGGUUGCAGAUCUCGAUGAGCAUAACAUCUAG